CUUCCCUUUCUGAACUCCGAGGCGGUCCGGGGGCUCCUUCCCCGGUGUUCGGUGCCCUUGCAGCCGCGCAGCCCUGGGCAGAGCGAGCUGCCGCCGGCCCCAGCCGCCCCCGAGCCGCUCCCCGCCGGGAUAAAACCCGUCCCGGCGCCGUCUCCGCCCCUCCGAGCCCUCUGGCCGCCGCUGGCAGGUGUCCCCGGAGCCCAGGAGCCGCUACAGGUGGUGACUAUGAAGGUAUCGGUGCCGGCUGUGGCAGUGUGGGGGCAGAUAGCUCCCUCUCACAGUAUCACUGCUAUUAUGAUUACAGAUGACCAGCAGACUGUAGUUACGGGAAGUCAAGAAGGACAAAUAUGUCUUUGGGAUCUUUCAUCAGAAUUAAAGAUUUCAUCUAAAGAAAUUCUCUUUGGCCAUACUGCUUCUGUAACUUGUUUGGCAAAAGCAAGAGAGUUUGAGAAACAACCAUAUGUAGUAAGUGCUACUGAAAAUGGGGAGAUGUGUGUUUGGAAUGUCACUAGUGGACAGUGCAUUGAGAACGCAAAGCUUCCUUAUAGGCAUACAGCAAUCUAUUAUUACCAUUGCUCAUUCCGAAUGACGGGUGAAGGCUGGUUUCUUUGUUGUGGAGAAUAUCAAGAUGUUCUUAUUAUUGAUGCUAAGACUUUGGAUAUGCUUCACACUUUAUCAUCAUCUCAGUCUUCUGAUUGGAUAAAUUGUAUGUGUAUUGUACACUCUGCAAGAAUUCAAGAAGACUCAUUGGUUGCAGUGUCUGUAACUGGAGUUCUUAAAGUGUGGGACCUGUCUUCAUCUUUGAAUAGCAUACAGGAGAGACAAAGUGUGUGUGAGAAGGAAUCAAAAUCUCUGGACUGUAUGAAUUGUCAGGCAGUACGGUUUUGUACGUACACAGAGAGGCUCCUUCUAAUUGUGUGCUCCACGUGCUGGCAGGUCUACGAUUUCUGUGAUUUCUCCUUGCUUUGUACUGAAUUCUGUAAAAGUGGCCAGUACUUCGCUGGUGGUGAAGUACUAGCAGCUUACAGACUUAUCAUCUGGACAGAAGAUGGCCACAGUUACAUCUACCAGCUGCUAAACAGCGGGCUUUCUAAGAGCACGUAUCCUGCUGAGGGAAAGGUGCUGAAAGAAACUGUUUAUCCUCACUUACUCUGCUUUACUGAUGUGAAGGAAAAUAAGAGUUUUCCUUUUGUUAUGGGCUUCAUGAAUGAAAGAAAGGAGCCUUUCUAUAAGGUUCUUUUUUCUGGUGAACCUUCAGGAAGGAUCACUUUGUGGCAUGUUCCUGAUGUCCCUGUGUCAACAUUUGAUGGUUCGCCAAAAGAGAUCCCAAUUACAGCAACGUGGACACUUCAGGAUAAUUUUGAUAAGCACCACUCAAUGUCAGAGGGCAUUAUUGAUCAUCUUUCUGCAUCUGAAGAUGGAAUUGGAAGUGCAGUUAUCAGUUCCUCUGUAUAUAUACCCAGUCUUGAUAAGCUCGUGUGUGGAUGUGAAAAUGGGAGAAUUUUUGUAACAGUAGGUCUAAAAGCUGCAAGAGCAAGGCUUUUAGAAAACAUGUCUUUGCUGAAAGGUAAUUUACCUUAUAAGGUUCUGAACGGCCAUAGUGGCAGGGUCACUUGUUUACUUUAUCCCCAUGAUAAAUCAGUAACAUUUGAUCCAAGCUGGCUGUUAUCAGGGGGCCAGGAUUCUGUCGUGAUCUGCUGGGAUAUAUUUACUGGAGACAUCAUACAUCAGUUUAAGCUGCAGUCUGGUCCAGUGACAGAGCUCUUACAAUCUCCAGAAAACUACAGAUUAAAGGAUGAUAGCAUAGUGUGCUGUGUGUGCAGUGAUCACUCGGUAGCAAUUCUACACCUUCAGAAGAGUGUAUGUCUCUUACAUGCCAGAAAACAUCUGUUUCCUGUGAAGAAGAUAAAAUUUGACCCUGUUGAAAAUCUGCUAAUUGUUGGAUGUGAAGACGAUUCAGUUUAUAUUUGGGAAAUUGAAACAGGCACGCUGGAACGGCAUGAAACAGGUGAAAUGGCAAAAGCAAUUUUUGCUUCCAUUGAAGAUUCGGAAUGCUUAGUGGCAGAUGCGCUGCUUCCUGUAUCUCAAGAGUCAAGAAGAAAUAAAAGUGCUGGAUGCAAACCCUCUAGCUUUUACAAGCAUGGCAUGGCCUCUUCCAAUCUUACUCAUACAGAAAAAUAUCCAGAUAAGUUAACUGAUACCAGCUGCAUCCAACAGCCCUUCACUAUUUUACCAGUUAAAACAAAAUGGAACAAUACAAACUUUCAUGUUCUCUUAUUUGAUGUGGAAGAACUUGAGGAAAUUCUGCUGUCAUCUCAACUCAAUGGAUUGAAGUCAUCAAAUUCAUUCCACAACCACGGCGCGCUAGAAAGAGCCAAAAGUACUACUGAGAAAAGGGCGUUGACAUUAAGAAGAAAUAAAACUGCUGGCUCCGUAUCUCCAGUGGAUGGGCAAGUAGAUGCUGUUUGCUCCAACCAGGUCUGCAGGGAUAACAACGCAGCCAGGCCUUUGGAAGAAAGUGGUGGCAUGAAAAGACAGAAAAAAAUGAAGAGUUCAAGAAAGGCUAGAAUGCAACCAUCAGGAAACAUCGAUGUGAACGUCACCACUGAUACAGCUAAACUGCUAUUGUCAUGUGUCUUACCGUGGGAUAUAGAUAAAGAAAUAGACAAUCUUUGUGUUAGGCACUUGGGUAUCUUGAGACUUCAGUGUCCUGUUUCUUUUGGACUGGUAUCUAGGGAAAACCACCUAUCGCUAAUGUUGCCGGGAGGGAAAUAUACUGAUUAUGGUGUGCUAGAAGAACAUGCAGAAAUGAACUUCUUUCCAAAAAGAGUGCUUGAUUUGUCAAACAAAUACCUUGCUGCAACUGAAGGACAAGCUGGAAAGAAGGAUGGACUUGAAAACAAUGCUAAUGGAAUGAAAGGAUUGGAAACAGUAUUCUUCUUAUUUAGCAGAAUAGCUUUAAUCAACAGGGUAAUGAGCUUACCUUCAGAAGUUAUCGGUGAAAUUGAAAGUCCACAGAAAUCAGAAUCCAUACAUGACAAAUGGCGAAAUAUAGAAGCAGUAACACCUUCAUUGUCCAGUUUUUAUGGAGAGUUACCAAGCAGUAAAAGUAGAUAUCAUUCCCCAGACUUCGUGAGUGUUCCAUUGCUGAAACUCAUCUGUUGUUGGAGUGACCGAUCUAUAAAGAUUUUUGAGGCAAUGCAAGCAGUGCUGCUGGCUGAAGUUCAAAGGACUAUGAAAACCUUGGGAAAGACUGCAAUCUGCAGAGAGCCAUUGGCCAUAGCAGAGAAUGGAAAUGUCAGUGUGCCGAAGCAUGACAAGAGCUCAAACUCGGCAAACUUCCAAGAUGUGGAGGAUAUGCCUGACAGAUGUGUCUUGGAAGAGUCGGAGAGUCCAGAUGACAUGAAGCCACAUCCCUGGAUAUCUAAGGUGUGCUCCUGCAAGGUGUGCUAGAAAACCUGCUUAGCCAAAAGAAUCAGAAGAUGCCCAAAGAACAGCCAAGGAACGGGACAUAGGUGCCGUGGACGUGCAGUGGCUUGUUGUAUUUAUUAUUGUGUACCUUUAAGAGUUCUUUUUCCGAAGAAAUACCUUCUAUUAGUUUCUUUAUGCUGAUAUAUUGCCUUCAAUUCACACUUCCAUCACUGAGAGAUUUACAUUUAUUCUGUUAAAUUUAGAUAGUCUUAACAGAGAGAAAUAUCAAAUCUUUAAUUUUAAAUGUUUUGCAUUAUUCAAUGUAGUGAUCCCAGAUCUUACAACUUUGACAUAAAUAAAACAUUUGCAUCAAUUUUAAUAUUCUUUUACGUACAUCAAAUUAAAAUUUAUCUCUUCCUGCUUUUGACUUCUAUUGCUGAUAACAUUUUAACACUGAGCAAAACCAAAUGCAUUUGAAAUAAUGAGAAAAAUUGUUUGCAUUUAAAGGAAAAAUGCCCAUUUUUAAUUCAGCAUGGAAUAUUUAGAAACAAGUAAAAUACAAGGAUUGUUCUCUGCACAGGGGAGCAUGAGAAAUUCAUUAUAAAUCUGGUCAUGUCUAGGAUGUUAAUUUGCAUUUUCUCUAGAUGCUGCCAUCCCCAUGAUCUGUAGAAAUGUACUGACAUAAAGUUGGAGAAACUCAUUGGAGCCCUCAACUGAAAUUCUACACAUAAUUGAAUUUUUCUUUGUGCUCAUUAGGAAAAUGCAGCUAUAUAUUUUUGUCUUUAAAAAAAAAAUAUAUAUAUAUAAUUUUGUUUGGAGAAUAUUUGCAAUUUAUUAGACUCAUUUAUCCCCUGACCUACUGGGGCAUUUGUGCCGGUUUGACAAAGAACGGCCACGCCGAGCAGCAAGCUCACUUUCCCAAUAGCUGGAAUGCUAAUAAAGUAAAAGGGUCCUGAGGAUGUACUUGUCUGCAUCUGUGUCUUAUGGUGGAAACCAUGGUCUGAUGUUAUCCUCCCUAAUUGCAUGUUAACCACAAGCUGCCUUAACUAGGAGUGCGGAAAGAUUCUCUGGCAGUGAAUCUCCUUCUUGCUUGGGGCGAAAUGUCAUGACUGGGUUGUGACCAGCCCAGGUUUCUGUUGCCAUGCUACGGAUGGCUGAGAUUUGGUUAAACAUGAAACAGACAUGAAACCUUAUUUCUUCUUUAUCUAUAUCCCAUGAGUCCAUAUAUCUAAGUGCAGCAAGGUCUUCAGAAACGUUGAGUGGAAGUGCCUUCUGAGAAGUGGUAUUUCAGUUUUUAUUUAACUAAAGAAUAUAUCAUUAGUGUAGACUGCAAUCCAAAAGAGAGAAAGGUAUUUAAAGCUAUUUCUUCUGCAGUUGUAAAUCCAAUGCAGAGAAAUAACAUCUUGUAACAGCAAAGUCUCUGAUUUUUACACAUAUGGUAUUUUUCAGUAACAACUUUCCUUAUUCUUAGAAGGCAUUUUCCUAUGUUAAACGUACCUUUGUUUAUAUAAAUUCAUAUUUGACUUAUGGGGACUAAACAGUCUGGGUGUUGAGUGUUACGGCUUCAUUCUGUCACUUAUUGUGCUGGAUGUCUGAAAUAAUUUAACUGACUUAUUUCUAUUUGUUCACUGUAAGAGAGCAGAAAAUGUCUUCUGCUGGCAGGUAUCCUCCUCUGAACUUCUAUGGUUAAAUCAGAGUUGCAGACAUCGAGAAGAUAAAAAUAAAAUUGCAAAUAUAAAUACAGGAACUUAGUAACACUGCGGGAACAUUGCAGACAGAAAAACAAAUGGCAAAUAAAGGAUGGACCUUGCUGUCUCCUUUGCCACACAUCCUCAUCAACAGUCACUCUGCUUUGCUGCAGAAAUCUUCCACUGGCAUUGAAAAGUCCGUUUCCCUUCUGCACAAAUGUUACUGCUUUGCAUCAGCAUCUGCUUGCCUGGUUUCCUUAGAACUAUUUCUACUAGAGAUUUUAAAAACUGCUGGUUUGAGGUCUCAUAACGCAAGGAACUGGCGUUGUCCGUAACACCCUCUACUGCUCUGGUAGCAAUUACCUUUGUGCAACACAGUAUUUGAUUGCUUGUCUUUAAUUGUGCUAAGCAGUGCCCAUCAGCAGCUGCCAGUACAGACAGCCCUUUGGAAUGGAUUGUGCGGUGAUGAUUGGUGUUUGGCACAUGCUUGUGUGUGCUUCGUGCUAAUUAUAAUUACAGGAUCAGUAAGGUAAGGCAGGAACUUUUUUAUCAGAUACAUUUAUUUACCAGUAAAGCAAAUAUAUUUCCCAUGUGGUCUUUCAAACAACCAACUUUACAGUACAUGCUCAAGGUGAGCUCUUGCUUAGAACGAUCCUGUUGUAUCAAAGUGACAAUAUUACAGCUAUACACAGAAAUAUGCAUUAACCUCCUGCAAUUGUUUCUUGUAAGCCAUAACUGAAGAAACAUCUCUGUACUACUGCAGUCUGAUGUACCACUGUAUUCGUGCUUAUGGAGAUGGGUUUUACAAAGAAGUUGCAAGGUAAUUUUCUGUUGUGUUACAAUGAAGGAAUCCUGCCAAAAGAGUAAUAUGCUGAUAAUUAGUCAUCUAAGUUUUAGAUAUGGGGUAAAAACUUAGUUGAUAUCUAAACUGCUUAAGGAGUGAGGUUGGGUUUUUUGUCUGUUCGGGGGUUUUUUAAUCCAGAAAUCACAGGGGUGAGGUUGGGGUUUGGUUUUUUGGUGUUUUAUUAUCCAGAAAUCACAGGGUCCGAUAAACUGUAUGGCUCAAGUUGUGGUUUCAUAGUCAGGGCAGUUUCUCCCCAGUCCAGGCAUAUGCUUGUAUGUCUCCUCAUUUAUGAUUGCAUUGGUUCUUCUAUGACCGGGACACGUCAAGCCAAGCGCUGGCCUCAAUGCAAACGCAGGGGAGGAACAAGCAAGCCAGGCUAGGAACAAAGCAGAGAUACCACGUAAAUGUGGGAUAACCCACACAUACAUCAACAUUCCCUCAGCACGAUAUUGGAGUUUUAGGGUGCUAUAUGCAGAGGUCUCUCUUGAAAUUUUCUGCUUUCAAGUCCUGUAGGCAUUUUUUUUUACAUUAUGUGCAUAAUCCAAUAUGUUAUUAAAAAAAAUUAAAGGAACUUGUCAUUUAGUACAAGCCCAAAACAAAACUCACUGACAUCUCUUUGAUUUGAGGGAUUUAGAAUUUUCCAAAUGAUACAUACUUGCUACAUGGUCACUGACCUAGAUUCCUGCCCAGAAACAUCCAAAAACUUUAAAGUGAUCAUUUAUGGCUCCAAAUUCAAACGUUAUAUUUUGAAAUCUUUUGUGCUAUUUAUGUAUUUCAAAUUUGCUCAUUGAAAUCAAUUGCUUCUAUUUUGGAUUAUGUUUUGUUGAGCAAUGCUCUUCUCCAAUCCAAUA